AUGGCUGAGAAUCAACAAGUCAGGGCAGAGAGUCAACAAGUCAGGGCGGAGAAUCAACAAUUGCGUACAGAGUUGAUAAAUCUAGAGAGGCAGUUUGGGCAGAUGGCUAACAAUAAGAAUACUAGACCUGCUGGAUCUCUCCCAAGUGAUACAGAGAAAAAAUCUCAAGUCAAUGCAGUGGCGUUGAGAAAUAGGAGAGAGUUAAUAGAAGUGCCUAAGAAGAAAAAUGAGCAAUCUUGGCUCGAAGAAGAAAGAGUUCCAAAACCUGUAGAGGUAGAUGAGAGAAACAAAAUAGAGCGUGUGCAAAAAUCAGAGAGGGUACCACCCCCUUUUCCUCAAAGAUUGAGAAAGAAGAAUGAUGACCACGUGUUUCACAAAUUCUUAGAUAUGCUGAAGAAGAUACAUUUGAACAUCCAUUUGGUGGACAUGCUCCAUGAGGUCCCAAAAUAUGCAAAAUAUAUUAAGAACAUAGUGGCAAAUAAAAUGAGGUUAACUGAGUUUAAAACAGUAGCACUUACUGAGGAGUGCACUUCCAGGAUUCAACAUAAGCUUCCACAAAAGCUUAAGGAUCUGUGUAGUUUUACCAUCCUCAUGAGGAUUGGUGAAUUUAAUGUGGGUAGAGCCUUAUAUGAAUUGGAUGCAAGUAUCAAUCUGAUGUCAUUGUCAGUGUUCAAACAAUUGGGCUUAGGGGCUCUGAGACCCACCACAGUGAUGCUACAGUUAGCUGAUAGAUCCUAUGUUUAUCCUGAGGGGGUAAUUGAGGACGUCCUACUGCAGAUUGGAAAGUUUAUUUUUCUUGCAGAUUUUAUCAUCCUAGAUUACGUGGCUGAUGAGUUAGUUCCUAUCAUCUUGGGAUGGCCUCUUUUGGCCACUGGAGAUGCAAUUAUCAAAGUCUGA